GUCGACUCUGCUCUUAGAUGAUCCAAUGAUCAAAGAGCUUCUUCGGAUCGGGUCCCAAUUUGUUGGGUACCGUGAAUAUGCCGCCAGAGCCGAAGAAAAACUUUCAGAGGCCAACGAACGUGUCGACGCACUUGCUCAAAAACUCGAGCAAAGUGAGGCGGCUCGCAAGAAAGCUGAACUUGCUGCUAGCAAAGCCAAGGCCGAGGUUGAUGAAGCCAAGGUGAAAGCUGCUAGUGUCGAGGAGCUGCAGAGAAGGCUCAAAGAUGCCGAAUCUGCCUUAGAUGAGCAGAAAACUGCACAAACUGUGCGUGAACAAGAGAUCAUCAAGCGUCUGAAGUCGCAAAGUCGUCGUACGCUGACCCAAACAAACCAAGAUUUUGAUCUGGAGGAUCCCGUCAAUGACCCUCUCCUUGAUGCACUUUCUCUUCUGGAGUUCCAUGGGCGCGAAAUUCGUGAAGGCGUGGCCAAUGCCAGUGCAAGUUUGUCGGCGUUGUUCCCCUACUUCUUCCCGAAGAAAGAGGAACCUUCGACUUUCCUUGCCCUUGCCAAGCUUUUCAAUUCGUCGGAAGACCUGGGAUUGAAGAUGCGUCAGGAGAAUAUGAAGGUUGCUGUCGAGAGUACUGUUGCCCUGGUUGCUGACAGCCAACAGACGCUUGAUUGGAUGAAGGUUGGCGACACCAGCCAGAUAGAGCAUUCGAGAUGGAGGUCGCUGAUCAAGGCAGCCAAGCCCAACACUAAGAAGAUCUUGGCGUAUCUGGGGAUCAAGCCAGCUUCGACUCCUAGCUCCUCGAGACCGGAGGUCUAGUUGCAUGCCUCCUUGUUUCUUUUUCUGUUUCUUUUGCUUUUGUUGCCAAAGUAGUUGUUUUGGCGACACUCAUUUCUUUAGCUCUACUGUAGUGCCCUUGUAAUGAUUCCAAGAAAUUAAUGAAAAACUCUAUCUGUCA